AUGAACCGCCGUUCUACAACGUCCCAUGGCGGUCGCAACCAACAACGCGCCGAUAACCGAAAUAACCACUAUCAUGGUCUCCUCGGUGAAACAGAAACAGCGAUGUGUCGACCCGACUCUAAUCCAGAACUAGGAGAUGGGGUUUCGGAUGUUAUCCUUCACCCAGAUACAGGAGAUGGUGUGGGGGUGGUGGAACACUGGCUUUCUAGCGUCAGUAGGAGAGGCAUAGUUCCUCCGGAGACAAUGACCGGUCAGCAUCAUGGUCAGCAUCAUCCGAAUGUUUUGGGCUGGCGGCCCCAUGGUCUUCUUGCCCAGGGCGUACCGCAGCAGAGAUACAAACGCACUCGGUCGCGGGACAGUUCCAUCAUCAUCGACUCAGCCAAGAAAGCAGGCUGGUCGCCUUCAACAGCAGCAGGACAUCGACCAAACAACACAAUUAAACCCAAUGACACUUUUGUUUUGGCAGAUACCCUUCCUACGAAAUUUGACAAGCGUUCAAGGCACAGAACGAGAGAAGACCGAGACGAGCGCCCAGCACCCUCUAAAGUCCCGUCGAAGGAAAUGGGUUUCUCCCGCCGCGAGGUAAUGGAUGAUUUCCGCUCCGAUGCCAUUCUCAAUGAUAGACUCACGUUGCAACCUUGCCUCACACCCGGGCUUUUCCAGAAUGGCCGCAUAUCAUCACCGAAGCCUGUCGAAGAACUAGCCUACAACUCAAUGAUCUCUUUUCUCGAACAUCGUCCGUUGCGCCAGUCGUGGCAGCAGCAACGAAGCUCUGAAGUUAAGGGGAGAAAGCGACGGGAAAGGGAACUGGAAGAGAUGGGGACCGUCUUUGGACAAAAGGUGAUACCAUCAGAUGAUGUCCGAAGACCAUCUCGUGGUGGGUAUGAAAACUGGCGAGGAAGGGAUCGGCUUUCUGACUAUUACAAUGGGCUGCCCGAAGCCAAUGCGCGGUCGAUAAGAGCCAUGAAAGACGAAGCCGAUCCAAGAAACAGUAAGACGCGACAACGGCCAGAUGGUGAAGCCAAUUCUAGGUCGAGUCAGCCAUUGCGGUCGAGUAGCAGACCCAUAAGCAGGAAUCGGCAAACGCCCGUGCAAAACCACACUGAUGGCCGGUCGGUGAGUAGUACCCCCGAGCCAGUUCGAGAAGCCCUUAAGCAGACCGGUGUUUUCAAUAAGACCAGACUACCGGGAAGUAUCAGCAAUUCGAAAGCUAGUUGUCGUCUGGUUGACGAUGUGCACCACCAUGACCGAAACUUAGAAGAUGACGAAGAUGACGAUGUGCACAUUGUUCUCCCUGGGGCCGUGGUGGAAAGACCUCGACUUAUUCGGUACACGGGCAAGGGAACAAUGACGAAUAUCGAACUUUCCCUGUCGCCAGAUGGACCAAAGACACCCGGAAAACUGGAAGUUGGAUUUGCUGCGGGCACGCCUCAAGGCUCGAGGCCUUCGAAGAUCGUAGUAGGAGCGGCGGGUCGGUCAACACAGCAGGAGAUGAACAACACGAGUAAUGUACAAAAGACACAUUCGGAACCACAGUGGAAAGAGGACAUCUCUACUCGAGCAUCACCAAAAGCCCCCCACAGGGUACCGGGAGAAGCAUCUACGAUGAACGUGUCCUCCCUUCCAAGCGUCAGUGAGGUCGAACCAAGACCGACCGACGCUGCCUGGCCUCACGACGAAGUUGCGCCAAACCCCCACACUGAAGAAAAGACGGCGUCCAAGUCCCAGAACAGAGGGAUACGAAGGAUAGAGUUUGUCAUGUCUGAUGUGUCUCGGGCAUCACUGUCGGCAAAAGAAAGCAGGGAGACCGACCAUUAUGUGCCCAAAAGCAGCGCGAUUUGCGAUGAGUCAACUUUCUUUCCCAACAGACGUCUCAUGAGCGACUCAAAUAGUGGGUGGCGAAACGGGAAUGGUCCCGAGGAAGAGACAACUACACGGCCGUAUGCUUUUCCACGAUCAAACUCACGGGGGAGUCAGCCGAAAGGCCUUCGUUGUAUCCGUGCCCCUACUACACCAGAGCAUAGGUCAAUGCCAGGACUCAAUCCGUCCGAGUUCCAAUACACGGAGAGCAUGAUCGACUACAUAGCGCGCAUCGAACAAGACGUGCUACGGAGGGAACACACCCCCAGACCCCAAGGGGGGCCAUUUCGCAACAACAUGGCUUACCAGCAGAGAGCAAACGACUUCGCUGUGCCAGAAACCCAAGUCCUCUGGGAAAGUGCUCUAAUACCCGAAAAGCACGACUGGAAUUGUUUAGGAGAUGCUAGUAUCAGCGGGCCAAGAGCAAAGCAAUUGCCGGAAACCGAGUUUUACACACAAAAAAACAACCUUCAACAAUCCAUGGACCAGAGAGACACUUGCGAACAGGAAGAAAUGCAUGCAUUCUGGCGUCCGAAUUACUUUAAUUACUGA